AUUGGGGGAACUGAUUUCCUGGUAGAAGAGGUGGCGGUGGAAGUUGAGCGCCGUGUGGUAAAGCAGGUGCACCCACUUCUUCUGCGCCGCCCGCCGAGCCAGGCCAGUCUGCCAUUUCAACCGGGGAACAGAAGCGAAAGCCGACAGACAUGGCGGCUAGCGGCGAGCUCCCCGUGGUGGACCUGGCGCCUUUCUUCACCGAAGACGGCAAGGGCUGCAUCGCCGGCGCCAGCGAGGCCGUGCUCCAGGCAUGCCAGACGCACGGCUUCUUCAGCGUCGUCAACCACCGCGUGCCGGUUGAGCUCAUGGCGCGCGCGCUGGAGCUGUCGGCCGCGUUCUUCGCGCUGCCGAACGAGGAGAAGGCCAAGGUCCGGGCGGCCGAAGGGUCCAAGGUGCCUCUCCCAGGCGGUUACGGACGGCAGCCGGCGCACGUGGCCGACAAGAACGAGUACCUGGUGGUAUUUGACCCGAAGCUCGGGCUCAACGCGUACCCCGCUGGUCCUGCUGGAUUCAGAGAGACAGUGGAGGAGUGCUACAGCAAGUUCACCGAACUGGGAUUGCUCAUCCAAGAGAUCCUGAACGGGUGCAUGGGCCUCCCACCGGGCUUCCUCAAGAACUACAACGAUGACCGCAGCUUCGACCUCAUGACGGUGAGGCGCUACUUCCCGGCGGCGGCGGAGGAGAGCACGAGCAUCGGCUUCAGCGAGCACGAGGAUGCCAGCUGCAUCACUCUCAUCUUGCAGGACGAUGUCGGGGGCCUCGAGGUCCUCAAGGACGGCCACUGGGUCCCGGCGGAGCCCCUCGACGGCAGCAUCAUCGUCAACAUCGGCGACGCCAUACAGGUGCUGAGCAACAACAGUCUGAAGAGCGCGACGCACCGGGUGGUGAGGAAGCCCGCGCACAGGCACUCCUUCUCCUUCUUCUUCAACCCGCACGGAGAUAGGUGGGUCGAACCGCUGCCGGAGUUCACGGCCAAUAUCGGCGAGGCGCCGCUGUACAGGGGGUUCCUGUACAAGGAGUACCAGCAGCUGCGCGUGAGGAACAAGACACAUCCGCCGACCAGGCCCGAGGACGUCGUCGACAUCGCCCACUAUGCGAUCUAGUUCAGCAACAAAUCUGGAUCUCUACAGGGCAGAAAUGCAGAAGCAAGGCCCGUGUAUGUACAAAAACCUGGAGGUGUAUCUCCUCUACUCUACACACUACCCACUUCUUGUUCUGUAUGAAAUAAAGACCAGGCAAAGCAAGAGCAACCACCAAAAAAUAGUCGCUUUUGAAGGUGCUUCAGUAUAAUAAGGUAAUAAAAUUUUGAAACAUCAUUUUGCAGCAAG